CGACUUGUCUACUUUAUUUCGAGCUCCGAGCUGGUUACUGCUCCUCGCAGUCUACCACACCUUGGAUAGCUCUUAAUGCAAAUAAAGUCCCUGCAGGUUUCCCCGCGGUUCUUACGCCUCGUAGUGCCGAACGUUUGAGAUAUUAUACAAGGUCGACGGCGAAACACCGCCAGCCGCGUUUGAGGCCCGACGUGAGUGCAGAAAUCGAGGUCAAGCGGACAGCCAAUCAUUAAAUCUCUUUUCCUAGGCGCACACGGAGGCAGGCCAGCGCCGUGUCGAAGGACGAGCCCGAUCUAAAGCGGACGCGCGAGGCAAAACUCGAGAGUGGAGGCGGCAGGAGAGACGCAUCGCAUGCCAAAAACCACAAGUAAGCGAGGCAUUGACAAUUGACGCUGUACUUCCACUAAGAUCACCCUAUUCACAGGAGAUUGAGGGUCACCACACACACGCGCACGACUGAAGCGAGAUUCAGUGUCAAGGUCACGCCGACGAGGAAGCAAGUCGUAAGUUAGCUCCAGGCAGGUGGUGCACCACCAAUACUAACAAAGGGCUCUCUUUAAACAGUGAGAACGGUGCUCGAAGCACGCGGAACACCACUAGAGGACCUGAAGCUAAAAAGAACGCCCCCGAACCGUACGGGGGCGUUUAUACACCGUUUGCUUUGUGCUCGAGGGCCGACCGACUGCACAGGUCGUGCCGCGGCAGUUUUGUCAGCGAAUACCAUCGGCGGAGAUCGAGUAGAGGCGUCGAGAAGAGGCCGUCGAAGUCGCGCGUGGCGCAAGGACACGGAGGGUGCCAACGUCGUACGCAAACGCCCAAACAUCGCACACCGAGAAGCACGAGUUUGGCACGCGAGCGCACCAGCACGUGGCGCGCAUACACACACGUACGCAGAGCGCGUCGCGAGGACGCGGAGCGCGUGGUGCGAACGCGACGCCGAGGCUGGAGCACGAGCUGAUCGACGGGGGCCAGGACGUGCGGCUACGGCAUGGCGGCAGAAAGCGCGCGAGGACGGGUAGGGAUUAGAUCGCCCAUCUGUGAGUGAGUAGGAAGACAUGUGUUGUCCAUUAGCGUAAGAAUGCAGGGAACAGAGUUUGGCAGGAGAAACAUUAUUAUGUAAACUACUAGAAUAAAACAUGGCAACUUAGCUCACACGCACACAACUACUUUUAGUUAUUUUGGCUUGCUAGUCGGGAGCGUCAGCGAUUUCGCUCAGCUGAACGGUUCCUUAUCAACACUGGCGCCCAACUAAACGAACCUUUUGGCAUUUUGGUUCGGAAUUUGGAGAUUUGCAUAAAUUGUGGCACGCAAAUCGUUUUUCUUUUUGGCAUUUUGGCGCAACAUUACUUCAAUUUUGGCUCAUCAUUUAAAAUUUAAGAUGGAUCCGUCGUACCUUACCGAUGAGGAAAUACAAUAUGAACUGGGAAUAAGACAUGUACUACAUUUGUGCACGCUACCUCGCCGCGUUAGAGUAGCGCGUUUGAGGGCCAUCAUCCAACAAGAUGAGGCUCGAGGAAUCGUCCCUGAAACUGCGACACACUUUUUGUCCCCAGAAGACGAUCUGAGGCAAUGUCACAAAAACCUCACCGAACUCGUGACGUGGAUAGAAAAGGCUAUCGAAUCGAAAAACGUAACCUAUCUGGUCCAGGCUAGGGCGCGUCUUCUUCACUAUCGCGAUCGCUUAGCAAUCUUGCUGACAACGGAGAGACUGGCAGAGGAUCACGCAGUUUGCUCAAUGGUCGUUCAAUUCUGCAUCGAGGACAUUGAUGACACGUUGGGUAAGGCGAAGAAACGUUCAGAGAUCAACACUAGCGGAGAAGAUAACUCGGGUGCAGCGGACGGACAGAACAACGGGACGGCUCACGUCAACCCGGAUCAAACAGAAAGGCGAGACGAAGUGGGAACGGACGGUAACCCGCCGGGCCCAAGUAGCAACUUCCUAUCAUCGACGCAAUCGUCGACCAACCAAUCGGGAAACCGAGGCUUCAACAUGGCGUGGAACAAUCUGUUGAACCAAAACACCACACCCAGAAAUCCAGAACCAUCGCGACAACCAGAUAACCUGGGAAACGAUAACGGAGAUUUGCUAAACAUUUCAGAACGCCUUCCGGGUUACAACGAACACCAGAAUGGAGGACAAGGGACUGUAAACAACAAUAGACAUGGAACGGGAAUAAGCACUGGUCAAAGCCAUCUUGGAGGGCAGCCGAACCAUGGUCUAGGACAGCCACUAAACAGCCACCAAACUGGACUGCAAAGCGGCCAAGGCGCCGGUUUUCUGGGAAAUCUAGCUGAUGGUUUGCUCGGAGGUCAAGGACCCGGAUUUUCCGGAGGUCUUUCACUGGGACGGAACGGAGCUCAAGCGGGUUCAUACGGUGGUCGCGCAACUGGAUUCCAUGCAGGUCUAGCAGCUGGUUUCUACGGAGGCCGGACAGCUGGACUCUCCAAUGGUCAAUCAACCGGUUCCUACGGAGGUCAAACAACUGGAACAGGCGGCGCAAACGGAAGCCAAUCGACAGGGCUUUCUGGAAGACCAACGACGGGACAGGACGGAGGACAAGCAGAUAGCUUUAGAGGAGGUGCUGGAGCAGGGCUUAACAACAAUCAAGGCGGUGAUCCGGGCGCUGGUCAAGCAUCAGGUGCAAACGGAGAUCAAGAAAGGGUGAACGAACGAAACUAUCGCUGGAGGGACGAAUUGUUGAACUGGAUGAGAAUGAACGAACAACAACGACAACAGCAAAUGCAAUACGAACAGCACCAACAACAACAGUACCAGCAGCAACAGUUUCAACAACAACAGUACCAGCAGCAGCAGUAUCAACAACAACAGCGUUGGCAGUUCGAAGAGAGAAGACCCUACAAAGCGAUUCACAACUGGCCGUUUCGCUACAAAGGAGAAAAGGACGCGACGUCACUCAACACGUUUCUCCAUCGGGUUGAAAUAUUUGCACUUUCAGAGGAAAUACCAGAAGGCUUGCUUUUGAAAAACAUCAAACAUCUGCUGCAGGACGAUGCGCUAACUUGGUAUGGGAACGCAUACUUAAGUGGUGAUCUUUUCUCGUGGGAGGCAUUCAAAAUCUUGAUCAGGCGAGAGUUCCUUCCGGCUAGUCACGCGUUUGCCAUCAGGGUAGAAGCAUACCAUCGCUUACAAGGAGAGAGUGAGUCUUUCAGCAAGUUCUUCCAAGACAUCUCAACGCUGUUCCAGAACUCCCAACCGCCGAUGAGUGAAACAGAGAUGAUGUUCAUCUUAAAGAAAAACAUGAACGACAUCUACGCGCCGAUUGCAGCGGCCAAUCGAAUGGCAAGCAUGGACAUGCUGGUGCAAGCCUGCAAGGAGUUCGAUGAGCUCAAGAAGAUGCAGGAUGGUCAAAGACGUGUAGUCUUACCUCGGAGUGCACUGCUAGAGCCAACGCUGAGCACGCCACAGUCGACACAGCGCGGUUCCCGAUUCCACAAUCAAUCUCAGCGAUUCGGUCGCGUAAAUGUGGUAGAAACUGAAGAACGACAACAACCAGAUCGAAUGACAAGAGUCGAUCCCAGCCAGCAAGACCAGCGGUGCCAAGAAGAGGACGUCGAAGAAGACGAACGAAUCAAAUUACUAACCGAGCAGGUCAACGCGCUAAGGAUGCGAUUCGACAAGAAGGAAUUUCGAGCUUACCAAACAAACAACGGACAACAUCAGCAACCACAACAGCAGCAACAUCAACAACAACAGCAGAACCCUCACUACCAAGAUCAGCAGCAAGCGGCAAGGUCAUCAACAGAGAACCGAGCGUCACAGGUAGCGAUUUGCUGGAAUUGUGAUGCAGAAGGACACAGAUUCAUGGACUGCGACAAGCAGCAAGUCAUGAUGUUCUGUUAUCGCUGUGGUAGGAAAGGGUACUCGCUGAGGAACUGUCCCGACUGUUUACAAGAGUCGGAAAACAGCCCAGCGGGGAACCAACAGCAGAGGGGAAUGGAUCUCCGCUAG